CUUCGGGCGGCGGCAAAACGGAAUCAAAAUUUUCAAAUCGAUCAUCAUUGGUCCCAUCACAAAGACCUCGAAUGAACCUAUACCACACUACUCACCAUCACUACAACCAUGGCACCCAAAAAGUCCAUCUUUCGAGGCCCCGAGGCCCAGCACUUUCAGCUUGUGCAUCGGUCCUUGCGGGACCCGCUCCUCAAUGACCCCGAAGCGAGUGAUAGGGUGUUGAAACCCGUCGAGCGGGCAAACGAUAGACAAAAGGGCUUCACCCUGGCCGAUCUCGAUGCGACUAUCGACAAGAGCUCCCUUCGAGCCAACGAAGGCGAAGCUGCUGUCUAUGGAAUCACCUACGAUGACUCGUCAUACGACUACAUGUCCCACCUGCGACCUAUUCAAGGCGGCAUCGACUCUGUCCUGCUGGCUGCACCCCGCGGAUCUGGCGUCGGCCGCGGCAUGAAGACGGAUCGCAAAGGCAAAGGAAAGGCAAAGGAGCAAGACUUGUUCCUGCCUCCGGAAGCCUUUGCGAGUAAGGAUGAAGUAUCCCUUGAAGAGGUGUACGGACGAGAGGAGAAUAUCCCUAUGGAGCUGCAGGGACUGCAACCUGAUAUGGACCCGCAUUUACGACAAGUUCUGGAAGCACUCGAUGAUGAUGCCUUUGUGGACGAGGAAACGGCGGAAGAUCCAAAGGACUUUUGGGGUGAAUUGAUGGCUGGCGGUGAAGCGGACGAAUACGAGAGGGAAGAUUACGAGUUUCAAGAAUGGGGUGUAGACGAGGCUCCAGCGCCGCCGCCUACGGACGAAGAACAGACGUGGGAAGAUCGCUUCAAAGCCUUCAAGAGGGAUCAGGACCGUGCAGGGGAUAGCGAUGAAGAGAUUGAACGGUCUGAAAUGGCGGAUACCAUCGGGAGUCUGGCAUCCAACCUCGGCGAUAUGAUCGUUCGCGGUGGGAAGAAGCGACAUGGCAAACGAGGGCCGAGUGACGCUACUGGAAUGAGUAUGAGCAGCUCCAGCAUGUUCCGGAAUCAAGGACUUCGUGACUUGGACACAAGAUUCGACAAGAUCGAGCGAGACUACGAGCUCGAGGACGAUGAAGACGAAUACUUGUCCGACGACGGGACAUCUAUUGCACCCUCCAUGAUGUCCAGCACGUCCAAAGUAUCGCUUUUCUCGUCGUCGACGUCUUCUGCUGUUCCCGAGGUAUCUCGAGCCGACUUUGACGCCAUUCUUGACGAUUUUCUGGAAAACUAUGAAGUGGUCGGGAAACGUCUCCGACCUGCCCUUGGAGGCACAGGCCUUAGUGGACCCGAAAAGCUGCAGGUACUUCGGGCAGCUGUCGAAGGAGAGCACGGAGAAGAAAAGGAGAAAAACCGAAAGCGAGUCAUGGAGAUUGAGCGGAUGGGACGAGGGCUACAUGCGUUUGAUGAUGAGGAAGAGGACAAGGUCGAAGAGACGCAUGCCGAACGCUGGGACGUCGAGACGAUAUUGACCACGUACACCAACACUGAGAAUCACCCGGCAGUCAUCCGAUCUAAGCGUAUAGCAGCUCCACAGCCAAUAGCGACGUCCAUUGCACCUUUCCCUGAGGAAGGGAGCGAUGACGAAGACAGCGGCUCCGAGACUGAGCGCGAAGAGCCUCGAGUCACGGUCAUCCGGCCCAAAGGGGAAUCCGCCGAGGACCGUCGAGCGAGGAAAGCAGCUGUCAAGGCAGAGAGAUCGGCGCGUCGAGCCGAGAAGAAGGCUCAUACUGCCACAUUCAGUAAUGAAAGACGCAAGCAGUUGGCUACACGGACCAAGGUCAUGAGCAACGGGCGAGCGGCGGACGUAGCCGUGGGUCAGCGUGGUGUUGUAUCAUUGAGUUGAAGGAUGUGCGAGCAUGGAUGAAUCGUGUCUAUCGGA